AUGGAAUCGGAAAAGAACCAGAAUGGUGUCCAGAGAUAUAAGAACAUGGUUGAAAAAUAUUUAGUUCAACCAGAAUCACAACUUUACCUGAACGCUAUUCGUGGUUUUCGUAAUUUUUGCGGAAGAGAAAUUAUUUCAGCACACGAUCUUUCGAAUGCGCAAUACAAGAUUGAUGAAAUAUUUUCUUCAAUCUCAAUUACUCACAUUAAAGAUGGUUUGCUUUAUGUAGUUCUUGUUAACGCCUUAACAGAAAUUCCUAACAUUGAUAAGAACUAUUUAGCCGAUAAACUAUCAAGAGAUAUAAUUGCCAUUCCUCCAGACAAGAACACAAUCCUUUGGAAGUACUUUACAUAUAUUUUACUUUGGAUUUCGAAACCUUUGAAGAACUCUUUCAGCUUAAUUCUCAAUCCACUUAAGGAUCACGCAAUAAGUUGGAUUACAGGUGAAGAAGCCGAACCACGAUUUGCUGGCUUCCAGUUGAUUACCAUAUUAAUCAAAAAUUUCCCAACUAUCCUUGAGGGUGUCUAUUCACAUGUAAUCAACAUGAUUGUUAAAUCAUUCAAAGGCCAAGAACAUGAAAUUUACGACACAGCUGCAGCUGCUUUGAUCGCUGCUUUAGAUCAUGAGACUUCCGCCCUUAAUAACGUCAUCGAACUCCUCAUGAAGAGCUUUGAUAAGCAAAAGCACGAACAAUAUCCAGGUGUUUGCCGCGCAUUAACGGAAAUUUUGGAUCAUUAUCCAAAAGCAGCUUAUUUGAUUAGAUUCAAGUCUGUUCCACUAGAAUUACUCUCUAAUAAAGAUCCAAGCAUCCGAACUUACGGAUAUCCAGUUCUUCCUUUGAUUUGGAGAACAUCUCCUGAAUUGUUCAAGCUAGAGACACAAUUCCAGCUCUAUUUACUCAUGCAUAGCAGUAUCAAGAAGAAGACACCACAUAGAGCCGAAGCUCUCGUUUCUUUGGGAAAUUUCGUUUUUACAAAAGGAAGAAUCUCUUCUGAUAAAAUCCCACUCAUCCAGAAGUGCAGAAAGUCAGUAACAGAGGCUUUCGAUUGCCCAGAAGCUGCUUAUUGCUUACUCGCUCUCUCAAUUUCAAAUAAUGAUUAUUUCAAACAAGAUUCAUCGAAGAUCUACCAUUAUCUUGAUAGCCCAUUAUUAACAAUUGGAUUUAAGCGUUAUCUUGACAUUGUUGAAGACGACGGAUACGUAAUUACCAAAGAUUUGCUUUCUCAUGCAAAUCUCCACUUGUUAUCAAACAAUUGCCAAAGCGAUAUCGUACAAAACAUGUUCGAUCGUAUCUUAACUCUCGAUAUUGACCCAUCAUUACUCUCUCUUCCUCUUAUUUUGGAAUAUCUUUAUCAUAUGAACAAAGAAAACACCGGCGUUAAGCUCAGUGCAUCAAAGGUAUGCAUCAAAUACCUCUCUGCAUGCUAUUCCAUCGAAUUAGCCCAGAGAUUGAUCGCAUUUAUCCCUACAGAAACAGAUUCCAACUUAAGAGUAUUCCUUCUCAAGAAUAUACCUCUCGAACAAGCUGAUGAUGGAUUAGUCUUCACUCUCGAGUCAUUACUUCACGAUUCCCAGCAAGAAAUCAGAAUUUUAUCUUUCGAGAGACUCGUACAGCUUUCCAAGCAUCCAGGAGCAAAGCGCGCCAUCGAAGCACUCCUCAAAGAGAAAGUUCGUAACUUACAAGUCUCAGAAGUCCUCAAUAAAGAAGAUAUUCAGAUUUUCAUCAUCGCGAUGUCAGUUGCCUUCAAGCAAGAUAACCAGGACUUCCUUAUCAACCAGAGAUCCAACAUGCCAUACAUCCAAUUCCUUAUUAACCGAAUUUUAUCUUCCCAAUUCCGCCUUUCUUCAACAUCCUUGAAGCUUUUGGCCAUUUUAAUACCAUUGCUACCGACAGAAGUCAACAUUGACCUUCUUUCCAAGCACAUUCGCCAAUCAUUGCAAAUAAACUCAACUCCCAACCGCUUAAACUCAACACUCGACCUCUUAUUCUCAUCUCUCAAGUUUACGCAGAUCAGAGAUCAUCUCCUCAGUAAGGACAGUGACUUAUUUACGAAAUUACUACAAAUUGCCAAACUUCCGAAGAACGCAGUUGACAGAACUAAGUUACUUCAUGUAUUUGGCAUCCUCGGUGCUUCGAAUUCAGCGUUCAUCAACGGACUUCUCGGAAAUGGCGACCAAAUUAACGUAAAUGAGGAGAUCAAGAUCAAUUCUGCCAACCACUUCAUUUCUACCGCUGUCUCCAACGAUCCCCUUAACGCUCUGACCGAAACAGCCAUUGGUAUCUCUUUAAUCAACAUUUUGGAUAUUCUUGGCAACGAAUCCCUGGCAGCUCUCCAUCCAGCGGCCAUCGAAGCAUUACUUAUGUUCCUCAAGACCAACAGAAUGCUAAACAACGAGCUAGAAGUCUACUUAAUUCGUCGUAUCAACGAAUUACUUCAAUCGAAAGGUACAUCCACCAUCACAGUCCUUCUUUCCAACAUGGCCACACUCAUCACAGCCAUCGGACCUCGCUUUGUUCCACUAGUUCCAUAUGUCAUUGACUUGAUAUGCGACAAAUGGGGAACAACUGACCCAGUUAUCCUCACGAGAACAUGCGACUGGCUUGUUAUAUCCAUUCCUGAGGCUUUCAUUCCUCACAUGCCAAGAAUUGCCCAAUUAUUUGUGAAAGAUUUCGAUUUGUUACCGAUGAAGACCAUUGAUACCAUUCUUUCCUGCUUCGUCAGCUUCGGGUUAUUGAUUGGCUCCGUUUCACACAUCAUUUUACCUCCAAUUUUGGACUGGGUCUGUGAUAAUGCGCUUGAAACAUCAAAUUGCAGACAAGCAUUGAUCAGACUCAAGUCAAUCAUCAUGAAUGGAGGCAGUGUGAAGCUCGCCAGCUACAUUUUCAACGCAAUGAUCAAAGUCACAAGGAUAAACAAAGAAUUACACAAUCCUUGUGCAGACAUUGUUUUCAUUGUAGCUGUAAACAUUGGUCCAUCAUUUGUUCUCCACAAACAGAGGCUUGCGAAGACAUUUGAAUUCAGUUACAACCGCAAUUUCGAAAUGUACUCGAGUUUGAUCGAAAUUGGUGCAGCCAUUCCAGGCGUUGUCAUUGCAGAAACACAGCCAACAUCAACUAGAAGAAAGAACACGACAUCGCAACAGAAAGCUGUUCAUUCUUCUGCACCAUUUGUUUCUACAAAAGAACUUCUGACAAAAAUAACCGCUCCAUCAUCAAACCACUCUGAAUCCGCCUGGAUUAUUUGGUACAACGAAGUUGUCUCCACUGUUAUCAGACAGUCCGCCUCUCGUGCUAUUUCAUCUUGUGCACAACUCGCUGAGAGACAUCUCCCUGUCAUGGAUUCGAUCUUUCCAAUCGCUUUUGCAAUGUUGUAUUUCCAACAUGAAAAAGUUGGAUCCGACCAAAUAACAGAAAUAAUGAAGAUUAUUUUCACUUCAUCAUCUGUUCCUCGCUACAUCAUGUUGAACUUCCUUGCAGUAUUGGAACUGAUCGAAGUACUUGGUGCUCCUCCACCUGUUCCUAUGAUGAUUGCCAAACAAAGAGCUCUUUCCGUCAACAAUUUAGCACAGGCAUUGAGAGCUGCUGAAUCUCUUUACGAUGAUGGUUACGAUGCUGUCUCCGAUGACUUGAUUUCCAUCAACCAGGAACUCGGUCUUCCACUGGCUGCACAAGGUAUUUUGAGAUCGACAUCGUUGAGAGGAACAAGUACAACUAAUGGAGAAUUGGCAGAAAGACUUGGUUUGUGGGAAGACGCCCUCAAACAGUAUAAUGUCACAUUGAAAGAUGACAGUAAGAAUGAGAAGAUAAUUCUAGGAAAACUCAACUGUUUGAACCAGCUUUCCAAAUACCAAGAACUCAAAGAAUUCUCAAAGAUCGAUGCCAAAUACAAACACUACACUGCUGCAGCACUUUGGGGUUUGUUUGAUUCAGAAGAGUUCGUGAAAGUCUCUAAAGAACUCGAUAAAGAAUCAGCAAAUCACCUUGAAAGAAUCUAUGCUUUGUACGGUUUGUUGAUGACAAGAGAAUUCGGAAAAGCAAAAGAACUUAUCGAAAAAAUCGAAGAACACAAAUUAGAUAGAAUCUUCCCAAUGAUCAGUGAAGACUACGAAAGAACAUAUCCUGAAUACGAAUCAAUAGCUUUAAUCAGACAUAUCGCGGAAGUUAUUGAUUACAUCAAAGCAUCAGAUAUUUCACAAACAGCUUCUACUCUCGAGAAACAAAUUUCUCAACAAACAAUUGAGAGAAUUACAAAUAGAUGGGAGCAGAGAUUCGAUCUUUUGCCAAAUGAUUAUCACGUGUUGUUCAGGAACUUACAAGUCCAGAACUUAGUGAAGUCAUUCAAGGACAUCAAACCAAUGUGGAUAAGAUUCUUUGAUGUCGCUGUCAAAUCAAAAGCAACUGACAUAAUUUUGACAACUUUGAAUCACUUCAUGCAGAACAACAAAGAUGAUGAAGAUCUCAAGAUGUACUACGCGAAAUACUUGAGAUUGUCUGGUGACAAAGCAAACGCAAUUGCAAAGAUGAAAGAGAUCGCAAAUGAUAAGAAAUUGUCCAUACAAAUCCAAGGAAAUUCAAUGUUGAAAGUCGGUGAAUGGCUCAAACUCGAUGGAAAAAUCAAAGAAUCCGUUGAAUACUUCAGAAAAGCAGCAGAAAUGUUGGAUAAUUCAGUCGAAGCAUUGACACAGUGGUCAGUCAUAAAUCUCGAGAUGUUCGAGAAGACAAAGAAUAAGUCCUACAUCAUGGAUUCAAUCACUUCAUCCAUCGCUGGUCUGUACAUCGCAAAUGACCACUUAUCAUUCACUUUGAGAGCUCUCUCAAUUUUGUUUAGAAACGGUUCCCCAGAAAUGUACAGUUUAUUCAAAUCUCGUGUUCCAACAAUUCCUAUCUAUGUCUGGCUGGAUGUUAUGCCACAGAUCAUUGCAAGAGCAUCUUCUGAUGAUGAGAACUUGAGACAGAUCAUUACAGACAUCCUCUUGGCAACAGGAACAUCAUUCCCUCACACAACUCUUUAUUCUUUGUCUGUACCACUUAAAAGUGACACAACCGUCAGACAAAAGAUUGCCUCACAAAUCUAUGAUCGUCUAAAGAUCUUGUAUCCAGAGACUGUUGGCCAAUUCCUCACAUUCACGAACGAGAUCAUCAGAAUCGCAGUUUCAUGGUGGGAAUUGUGGUUCGGAGUCUUGGAUGAUGCUUCAAGAGCUUAUUUGAUCAAACAAGAUGUAAAUGAAAUGUUGUCACUUUUAUUACCUGCCCAUGAAAUCACUGAGAAAGAGCCAAAGACGUAUUACGAGAUUGCCUUUGUUGCACAGUUUGGCGAGAGUCUUCAGAGAGCUAAGAAGAUGCUCAUGGACUACAAGAAGACAAACGAUGACAUUCAUUUGAUACAAGCAUGGGGAAUUUACAUUUCCAUCUUCAACCAAUUGAAGCCAGUCAUUGCAGAGAUUGACAAGAUCAACCUCAAGGAUGCUUCAGAGUAUUUGAGUGAGACAACGAACUACGACAUCUGUUUGCCAGGCUCAUUCAAGUACAGCGAAGACAUCAUCAAGAUUGACAAGAUCGACCAGAAAUUGUCAGUCAUGAAGUCCAAACAAAGACCGCGAAGAAUGGCAAUUUACGGCACGGACGGUAUCAGAUACACAUUCCUCCUCAAAGCUCACGAAGACACAAGACUCGAUGAGAGAGUUAUGCAGCUCUUCGGCUUCAUCAACAGACUCGUCAACAACUCAACGAUUCCUAUGAAACAACACUUGGGAAUCACAACAUACAACGUCAUCCCAUUGACAGGACAGGUCGGAUUCAUUGGCUGGGUCACAAACUGUUCGACUGUUUACGAAUUGAUCAAACAAAGACGUGAAAAGAACAAUGUUCCAGUCGAAAUCGAGUACCAGACAACAAUGAAAGCUUGUCCAAACUUCGAACAAAUCGAAGGAGCAGAUAAAAUGUUCGCUUUCAAGAAAGGUUUGUCUGCAACGAAAGGCGAUGAUCUCAAGGCGAUUUUGCUGUUGAAUUCAUCAGAUUCAACACAUUGGAUCGAAAGAAGAACAGCAUACACAACAUCUCUUUCCAUGACAUCAAUGGCUGGCUACAUCUUGGGUUUGGGAGACAGACAUCUUUCAAACAUCAUGAUCAAGAACAAGACAGCGAAAUUGGUUCACAUCGAUUUCGGUGACUGUUUCGAAGUGGCUCAGCACAGAGAGAAAGCACCAGAAAAAGUUCCUUUCAGACUCACAAGAAUUCUUACAAACGCAUUGGAAGUUUCAAGAAUCGAAGGAACAUUCAGAUCUUGCUGCGAAAACGUCAUGGAGUUGAUCAGAAACAACGGUGAACAGAUCAACGGAAUCCUUGAAGUUUUCAUCUACGAUCCUCUCGCUCAGUGGUCUGAGAAUGUUUCUGAAACUAACUCUGCACAGUUUGUAACAGACAGAAUUCAUUCUAAAUUGGACGGAACUGAUUUCGAAGGAGAGAAACUUGACGUCAAAGAACAGGUCGACAGAUUGAUCCAUGAAGCAACAGACAUGAAGAAUUUGUGCCAGAUGUGGAGAGGUUGGUUCCCAUGGUGGUAA